AUGACAGCUGCACCACCGGUGCUGCACCAUGGCCCCGACAGUGGGAUGAACGGUGGCCCGACACAUCUCCAGCACAACCACCCUCGCUACCACCCGAUUGCCAUGAACCCCAACCCGCCUACUCAUCCGCCAAUGCCUCCACCAGAUCAGAUGAUGCAGAACCACCAUUUCCAGCACGAGGAGAUGAACCGUAUGGCAACCCGCAGCCACAUCCUAGCGGUGCGGAAGCGCGAAGAUGAAGAAUUUCGACGAAUGACAGAGAGUGCCGAGGCAGAGGAAGAGGACCUUCGACGCCAACGCAAAAGACUCAAGAGGGAGUCCAUGGGUCUGGGCGUCAACUCUGCGGCCGACUCGCCGCCGCUACGACCUACGCCUCCACGGCGACUAUCAGAAACCAAUGCGGCCACCACCCUGGCAUUUUUCAAGCAGCAAUCCCCGCCAGAACCUCGCCAAACACCACUCCCGUCUUCUUCUACGCCGCACCACCCGAUGGUGCCGGUGCCCCACGAGCCCGUCAAUAGCACGGGCUCCAUCCGGCGCAAGCAAAAAUAUACCAUCAAGAAUGUCGAGGCCUGGGGCGAGCGCCACGGCCGUCCCGCCUCGCACGAUCCCUCCGGCCGCGCGCUGUGGAAGCGUCCCUCGGAUGGGAGUCUCGUCUACCUCACCUGCCCGAUCCAGGGCUGCGGCAAGGCGGACUUCGUCACGUUGCACGGGUUCAUGUGCCAUCUCACUAAGAAACAUAAGGACCGCUCGCUCGGCAGCCAGUCCCGCGCUCUGGAAGUCUGCGGUGUCGUUUUCGAUCCCAGUGCGCCUUUGCCACCGGUUUCGGGAAAGCGUGCUUCCACCGAGGAGAAGAGCCCGCUGGGGUCGACGCCCAUGGAUCAGGAUCAGGACCCCGACGAUCAUGAUCAUGAUCAAGACGAGCAUGAAGAAGAUAUGGACUCCGACGAAGCCGACGAUAUCGACCCGGACUCCUCAGCUUACCGUAUCAAGUCCGAAACGACCGACCGCCGGAUGCCGGACGCACACGAGUCCUCAUCUACCCCAGCCGCAAUGGCCCACACUCCCAAUGGCACCUCCAUCACGCCCCCCAAGCCGCCGGUGCACACCAACGGCUCCUCUGCCAAACAAUCCAUCUCCUCCAUCAUCGACCGCAACCCGGAAAACUCCGCCGAGAACAGAGAGGCAUUGGUCGAUGCCUCGGCGCAGGGUCUUUCCCCCUCCGCGCCGGAGUCUGCGGUACCGCUGAAGCGGAAGUAUGAGUUUUCGCCCCCGGCUGCGGAGAAGGAAAACGCUGAACCGCGAAGGGAGGAGAGGGCUCGUGUUGUGUGA